UCUCUUCCUCCCAGCAACAUGGCCUCCCCCACCCUCAUUACCCCGACUUCCACCCCAAAAUCACUCCCUCCCACUUCCUGCAAGCCCAAAUACUCCACCAUCGCCGCCGCCACCUCCACAACCCUAUCCACUACAGCCGCCCAGCCCCGCCGCCGUGAAUUCCUCUCCAUCGCUUCCUCCGUCCUAUGCCUCAACCCUCUGCUGCCAGCACUGGCUGCUUCAGACGAAGAAUAUGUGAAGGAGACUGAGGAAGUGAUCAACAAGGUGAGAAACACCAUCACAAUGGACAAGAAUGACCCCAAUGUGGCAGAAGCAGUGGCUGAGUUGAGAGAGACCUCCAAUUCCUGGGUGGCCAAGUACAGGAGGGAGAAGGCUCUCUUGGGAAGGGUUUCGUUUCGUGACAUGUACUCCGCGCUCAAUGCAGUUUCGGGGCAUUAUAUUAGUUUCGGACCCACUGCUCCUAUUCCUGCGAAACGCAAGGCCAGGAUCUUGGAGGAGGUCGACACGGCUGAGAAGGCUCUGCAAAGGGGAAGGUGAACUCAAUGUAGCCCCAAUUCUCCGUUGGGCUCUCUCUUUGCUCCGUUUAGAUUUUUGUAUUAUUGCAUCCAAGACUCAAAUCAUAGUAAGAGGAUCAUCUUCAGGAGAGGCGACUUUGCAGUUCUUGUUGUAAUUACAUAUAUGCGGGGUUUCCUAUUCGCAUGAAAAUCCUAAUAAUUCUUACCGCUGAUUCUGAUUCCACGAUGUUCAUUUUGUUUACAUGUUUUGUCUUCUUCAA